GUGGCGCUAAGGACAAAAGGUUGCAUUGGACCGGAGAAUUCGUUUUCAUGUCCCCGGUUAGACUUGUUCGACCUUCCUCUCCAUUUUAAUUUGUCCCGUGGUGUCUUGAGCGCAAAUCACCAUGGAUUUGUCAUUUAUGGCUGCGCAGAUCCCCGUCAUGACGGGCGCCUUCAUGGACUCGUCGCCCAACGACGACUACAGCACUGACCACUCGCUCUUCAACUCGUCGGCGAGCGUCCACGCCGCGGCCAUGACCACUCACAACCAGCAGGAGGAGCAGCAGCAGCCCAUGUCGCGCGACGCCAUCUGGCUCUGGAUCGCCAUCACCGCCACCAUCGGCAACAUCGUGGUGGUCGGGGUGGUCUACGCCUUCACCUUCUGAGCUCUGGGCCGAGUAAGGGACGGAUGUGGACGGAGUGUCUGAUGGACUGCGUACGAGUGAGGAGUGGUGAGAAGCCAGAGAAAUUAGCUGCCAAGAACAUGGAUGGGAAACUUCGAUGAAGGCACCUUUUUUUCCCCUUCCCCCAUGUUUUUUUCUUUUUUUUCUUUAGUAGUGUAUUUCACAAAUCACAAGUAUUUAUGGAUUCCUUUCACAUUCUUGUCCAAUUUUUGUUUUGUUCUUUUCUUUUCUACAAAAAAUCCAACAGGUUGGAGAAAAUGUGUUGGAACACUGCAAAGGACUCACUCAAAAGAGACUGGGCAUACUUCCCUGGUGUGAGCUGAUCUCAAAAACCUGAACGAAUGAUCAAAACAGGACAAAAACUACUGCCAAAGGUUUAGGCUGUUAAAAAAAGUUCCUCACUUUUACUUUGCCUUUUUGUUAGUUGAGAAACAUGUACUACCAUAAGCUUUAAAUGUACUCAGUGUUGGUUUCUAGAACUUACCUUUAUCAAGUGCAGUCCUGUACAGUCAACUGUAAAUUAUUGUCACUGUUUAUUGUACAGAUGGGAACAUCUUAGCACUGCCUUGUAUUCAACAGUGGCUCUUGUUGUCAGCGUCAUGGGUAAAUAUUAAGUUGACAACUAUCAUGGAGUUGGGAUCGGGGAUGUAAAGAAUCACAAAUAUCUCAGACUCAAGGGGCCAAUCGAGUCAGACACGCCACUGCAUGUUACGCCAACAUCCCGGACACACAAACUCGCA